AAACAGCAAAAUAGAACUAUCCUGUACGGAAGUGGCCUUCAUAUUUUAGGGAAUUAACUCGUUUUCCAUCUGAAUUCGGUAAACAAUGAGUACUCACGAAGAAGAAGAUGAUACAGGGCCAUCUGUAGACUCAACUGACCCUGAAGUGCGUAUCGCAGCUCGCCGGCUUAGGAUAAUAAAACGCACAGAGCUGGCUCACAGGGAGACGAUGGGAGAGGAUCCCAAUGCCAAGAAGAAAGAGGAUAAAGAGGAACAAAGUAAAAGUAGAAAACAGAUUGAAGAAAGUAGACAGCGUUUGACAAAACUGAAAACUGAUGGUACUGAGUUAGUGACAAAUGUAAGAGUUGCUGGUGAUUCACGUGAAGCACUUAGAAGAACAGAAGAAGAGGAGAAUCUCAGACAAAGAACUGAAAAAUUGGAAGCUGAAGCUAAAGCUGGAGUUGAGCGAUUUGAAGAAAUCACAAAAAAGUGGGAAUCUGCCCAUAACCGAGAUGUACCACAGGAGUUACAGGAUUUAUUAAUGCAGCAACAGUCACUCUGUGAUGCUAUGAUUGAUGAUAAAAACAAACUUAUUACUGACUUUCAACUGGUGAGUAACAUUCAGUAA